AUGGCAACCCGUUGUUGCCGCGCCGUGGUACUCAUUGACGAACUAACUAAGAUUACUACUCCGGUUAAUUCUGAUCAGAGCCGUCCGGAAUGUGAGUCUUCGGGGAGUGGUAAAGUUGAUAAUGAUGGAGGUUUGGAUGCCAACAAUGAUAUUGGUAAUACAUCUAAACCUAAAUCAUAUGCUGAGUCGCUUUCUGCUAGCAAGUCCACCAAGUUGAAUUUUAGAUCUCUUGUUAGUGAACAAGCUCAUGAUGGGUGUGAUGUUGUACUUCCAAAAGAUUCAGUUCGUUUGGUUCAGGAUAAAUUGGCAAACACCUUGUAUGGCUACUUUCUUGGUGAUCGGGUUGCUUUUCCUGUCGUGGAUUACUUUGUGCGUAAUAACUGGAAAAAGUAUGGUGUUCAAAAGGCUAUGAUGAAUGAUAACGGGUUUUUCUUCUUCAAGUUCUCCGAUGAAGCAGGUAUGAUGAAUGUCUUAAAAGAUGGCCCUUGGAUUAUUAGGUCACAACCUUUUUUCCUUAAUAUUUGGAGCCCGACUACUAAAUUGGAAAAGAAGGGUGUUAAGAAUGUGCAAGUAUGGGUUAAAAUUCAUGAUGUCCCGAUUGCGGCUUAUACGGAGGACGGCCUUAGUAUGAUUGCUACUACUAUUGGAGUGCCGAAAGCACUGGAUUCGUAUACCUCAUCGAUGUGCAUGGAUAUGUGGGGCCGUAGCAGUUAUGCUAGAGCUUUAAUAGAGAUUUCGGCUGAUAAGAAGUUAAGAGAGAAGAUCACAUUAACUAUUCCUGAACCUGAGGGGGAGGGGUUCAUUAAGGAAACUAUGUCUGUCGAAUUCGAGUGGGUUCCUCUGCGGUGUGGUCUUUGUUGUGUUUUUGGCCAUUCUGAUGACUCUUGCCCGCAUCACCCGAAAGUUCAAUCUGUUGCUCGUAAUAAUUCGAGGGCUGGUAAGAAGCCAGUGGUCGACGAUGAUGGUUAUACAGGUGUUCAUGGCAAGAAAGUUGCGAGAAAAGCUGCUUUUCCUAUUAACAAGCCCAAGCCUAAGUUCGAGUAUAGGCCUGUGGUUUCUAAUAAGUCUCAAGAUGGAGCUAGUGGGUCGUCUGCGUCUGCAUCCAGGUUUCAAUCUACUAAUCCUUUUGAUGCCCUUAAUGAUCCAAAUGUUGCUGAGGUGGAUGGAAACAAGUCCGGGGAGGGACGCGGUGGAGAUGGGGAAGAUGAGGUGGAGGAGGUGUUUAAUGAAGCCGAUGGUUACGGGAUGGAUGCGGGUUUGAACCGCCCCAUUAAGCAAGCGGAGGUUCGUCAGGCCAUUAAAGAGUUUAAGUUAAGUUUUUGUGCGAUUCUGGAGUCUCACGUUGAGCUGAAUAAUCUUCCUCAUAUUUGCAAGUCGGUUUUUCGGUCUUGGCAUUGGGCGUCAAAUGGUGAUCGUUGUGAUAAAGGAACCCGAAUUAUUGUUGGCUGGAACCCAGGUAUUUUUGAUGUUAUGGUUCUUUCUAUUUCGGAUCAGGUGUUUGUUCGUGAUGCUCCAUGGAUCAUGCUUGGAGAUUUUAACUCGGCUCUUAACUUGGAAGACAAAUCUAUGGGGUGUUCAUCGAUCUCGGCUAGCAUGCGGGAAUUUCAAGCUUGUGUUGAUGAUAUUGAGAUGAUUGAUUUAAAUCGCUCGGGUAAUCAUUUCACUUGGAGUCAGAAGCCGAAAAAGGGGAUUGGUUUGUUGAAAAAAAUUGAUAGGGUUAUGGGGAAUUCGCAGUUUAUAGCUCAGUUUCCUAAUGCGGUGGCUAUCUUUUACCCGGCUCGUUUGUCGGACCAUUGCCCGUGUGUUCUGAAAGUGCCAGAAGAGGGGAAAGUUAAACAUAGGUCUUUCAAGUUCGCCAAUUUUCUUAUUCAUAAGCCGGAUUUUUCACAAGGGAAUCUGCACAAGAAAGUUCAUGAUCUGAGGGCAAAGCUUGACGACGUUCAGCAAAACGUUGAUAUUGAUCCGUCUUCUUUGUCGUUGCGAGAGGAAGAGGCUAGUACCCGGCGUGUCUAUCAAGAAGCCCUUCUAGACGAGGAGAGAUUUUUGAAGCAAAAGUCCAAAGUGGACUGGAUACUAGCGGGAAGGUAUAUGAAGGUACUGCGGUUCAGGAAGCGUUCGUUAAUCACUAUCAAAAUUUUUUGGGCUGCCCGGGAGACACGUCUUCGUGUCCGUCCCCUGAGUUAUUUUCUACUACCUUGGAUGUUGAUGUUGCGGCGCAUAUGGCUAGACCGGUUACAGUCGAAGAGGUCAAGCAGGCUAUGUUUUCCAUUGGUUCAGAUAAAGCUCCAGGGCCCCGAUGGUUUUACUGCUGGAUUUUUUAAAGGUGCAUGGCAUAUUGUGGGUAGUGAAGUGGCAGAGGCUGUUAUCGAUUUUUUUAAUUCUGGGAAACUUCUUCGGGAGUUAAACCAUACUCUUAUCGUGCUCAUUCCUAAGUCCCCAUCCCCAUUUAUGGUGACGGACUAUCGUCCGAUUGCCUGUUGCAAUGUGUUGUACAAAUGCAUUAGCAAGAUUGUGGCCGAUAGAGUUAAAGCGGGUUUGAACGAUAUUGUUAGCAUCAACCAGUCAGCUUUUGUUCCAGGUAGAAAAAUCCCCGAUAACAUUUUGUUAACGCAGGAACUGAUGCAUAAUUAUCAUCGUAAAUUCGGGCCUCCUAAAUGUGCUUUUAAAGUUGAUAUUUAG